AUGCUUGUAACCGCUAUCACUGCACAUAUCACCAACGGAACGACGACGUCGCGUAUGAACGUGACAAAUCUGUUGCAUGUCGAGUCCAACUCAUUGGAGACGCUGCUUCAGAACCUCGUCACGAGGUUGAACGACGUCGAAGGAUCCAUCCCUAGUCACCCUGCCUUCACCAGUCUAGCCGACCGAUUGGCCCUCGUCGAAUCCAGUGUGUUUGCAUCGUCAACCACAGACGUGGUGGCAUCAACUCCAUUGUCCGGAACAACUUCGUCCACAACGCCGGUGGCUUGCACCACCACCACAGCGGCCUCGUCCUUCUUGCACCAUUUGGACGACCUACGCGCCCAUCAGAUGAAGCUCCGACUCGACCACGACGUGCAUAUUGCCACGCUGCAGUUGGAGCUCGAAAAGCAAAAACGAGCUGUCGCGGCACUCCCGUCGUCGGCCGAUUCCGACUUGCUGCGCCAAAGCAUAUUAGCCGAGGCAGCGCAACUCGUUCACGCCGUCGACACGAAAGUAACUCAAGUUGAGCGAGUGGUGGACGAGAAAAUCGCCGCGCAGGCCACCACAGAAGCCCAAUGGAAAGCCACUUUCGAAGCGACGACAAUGGCGCGAAUUGACGGCAUCUUCAACGCCAUCCACGACAACUCGACCACAAUCACCAACGUCGUGACCGUAACCGAGAACCGCAUCAAGAUGCAGCAAAAUUCAAUCGACGUGAUGGAAGACACUGUCGCGUUUCUUCGAGAUAAAGUCACCGCGAUAGAUAAUGCCGGCGCCGACCUCGCCAAGCGCGUGCACUCGCUGGACGACGCCGCGGCCAGCACCCACGCCAAGCUGCUCCAGUUGCGCGCAACCGUGGAUUCGCGAGAUUCAGACUACCACAGCACGUUUCAGGGGUUGGCACUGGGGCAGCAGCAGCUCAAGGGGGCGCUAGCGGACCACCAACAGGCCUUGGCAAAGCAUCAAGAUGUUACUGCGAAUUCAGUGGCGGAGCUGCAGUGGAAGACGGGGGAUGUCACUUCCCGAGUGGACACACACGAUCGGCGACUGGAUGUCGUGGACGCCGACGUCGCGGGCGUAUCGACGCGGCAGCAGGACGCGGCGCACGUCGUCGCGUCACUCGACACGCGCCUGGACAUGCUCGCCAACCAGCACGUGAAGGCGCAGAAUUUGCAUCUCAAGCUGGACGCGGCUGUCAGUGGCAUGGACAAGGAGUUGCGGCGGCGACUGGACGACGCCGAAAAGGCAUUUGACGGACUCAACCUCGACUGCGCGACGUUUCGACGGCAAGUGGGCGAAGUGCAGUGGGCGCAGGGGGAGACCAACAAGAUGGUGGAGGUGGAAUGCAAGGAACUGGCGCGGUCUGUGCACGCCGUGCACGGGGAAAUGCGCGACGUGGCGUCGAAUUUGCCAAAGUUUCAUGUCGAACUGAGCCAUACCAAUGCCAACGUGGCCAACGUGCGCCUAGAAAUGCGCGAUAUUCGAAGCGACCACGCCUCGACCCACGAGACGAUUGCCGCGAUUUCGAAUCGCUUGAGUGAUCUCCGGUCCACCAGCACAGCCCAAUUCGAACGCGCUAAAACCCAGCACGACGAGCUAGACCAAGGGUUCAAAGAAACGUCGAUCGUCCUCGAGCGCGUGGUAGCAAGACUCGAAACAGAGCACAAAUAUACGCAAAUCAACUUGCAGGAGCUGAAAAAGAUGCUCGACGGGCUGCAACACGUCGAGUUGAAUGACUCGGAGGCCGUGGAUAAGCAGCUAAAUGCGCUGGCGCUGUCGAUCGCCCAAAUCGAUUUGAAGCAAGAGCAUUUUCGGUCCCAUAGCACGUCGUUCCCGGAAGACCUUAAGAACGACCUCUCAGGUCUGCUGCUCCGCGCCGGCCGCCUCAUUUCCGGCUCCAUCCGAUGUCAAUUGCACUUCAAACUGCUCACAGACGACGGGGCAAAUGUGGACGAAGCCGCCAUUUUGCAUGGCUUGCGCAUGGCAGCGGCGGCGUCGUUUGCGAAAAAGGUCCAUCAGUUAGUCGACAAGUUGUCACCACCGACCGAUGCCAAGUACUCGGUGCAAGCCCGCGACAUCUUUGAACGGCGGCUGCGCGUGUGCCUCGAGUGUCGGUUUAAAGACGGAAUGGCAGCGAGCAGUAUAUUGGACGGGAAACCGCUUGGAAAACAUCGACCCAGUACUGCCACGUGUAUCUCUUGUGACCGGCCCAUUUACGACGCACCCCCCCCCUUUACCCACCAUCCAACCUCUUCCCCACGAGACGGCACCCCCAACCAGCACGACAACCACGACUUGGGCCCCAAGAAAGGCCUGAAAACCAACCCUAUUGAUACAAGAACAGUCAUCCCGAGGCGGUCGGGGCACACAAACGUCCCCCAAAAAGCCAAUGCCGAGCCCAUCCAUGUACACCCCCACACAAAAGAAAAGUUCGUGUAUCGAGGGGGGUUUCGCCUGCCGAAAAAUGGCAGCAAACCCUCUACCGAUGGGAUAGAAGCACCUGUGGACCUGAACGACCACCCGUGCUUGGAAAAGGUGGCACUGGUGGGGACAUUUCAAGGCGACGUGAUUGGACCGUCACCACUCAAGCGCCCGCAGACCGCCCCGCACUCAAAAUCCCUCCCCCGACUUCCCCCCGCAUCCCUACUAACUAGCCACCACACGAUCCCUGGAUCGUCUUAAAGUAUCGUCAAAGCUCAGACUUCGAAGAAUCUUUCCAAUACUGCCGUCUUGUAUUGGGUGUUCGACUCAUACUUUCCUCCGCCCAACAAUCGCCAGACCUGCGAAAUAUAAUAUAUAUAUCCAAUUGUA